AUGGAGUUAGAACAGCCGAAUAGUAUAAACGUAUCACAUCAAUCGAAAAGAAAGGCUGUUAAGGUUAUCUGUUUUGAAGUCAAUCUGACAAUAGCCAACGUAUUUUUUGCGUUUUUGUCAAUCGCCGGUCAGGUCGGAAUGAAAGUGACCUUGCCUCUGUGGGUUGACUCAACAAUACUGAGGUCUUCAGAAAGACAUUCAAGUCAUUAUAUCCAAGCCAAUACAACUGGUAAUUUAUCGAACCAAACUAAUCCCUCCACAGAAGAUAACGGGAUGUACGAUCCUCAGGUUGAUGCGUAUUUUGUCUUAUCAUUUGCGAUUAUAGCUUCGCUUGUUAUUUUUGGAGCAGCGCUGCUUUUCAUUCGUCUCUUUCGACUAGAUCAGCUCGGCGAGGCAGAACGAAGGUUCCCACACUUGCAACUUUUUUUAGCUGGUUUCUUCAAUGCAAUGAAUGGAGUUUUUACCGUGUUUGCCAGCAGCGGAAGCCGGACAGCACCUUACCUGCAAGCAAUUCUUGGCAAUGUUAUGAUUCCUUUCAUUAUAGCACUUCG